UGUACGUAAAGAAUUGUAAAGGACCUAGUUGAUUCUUAAACAAGGUUUUAAUCUGAAAGGGAGGAAAAGACAGUCCUUUUUUCCCAACCAGAGUGCUCAAAAAGUUCAAGUAUCAGCACCAAUCUCAAGAGACCAAGUGGAAUGGGAAAACUGAUCAUCCAUAGUACCCUUCUCUGUGUUAGUUUGAUUGAAUUCAUCUUAUUCGUCCCAGUUUGCAUCUCAGCAAGAACAAGCAGUAGUAGUAGUGGAAAGAGAGUUCCGGCAAUUAUUGUCUUUGGUGACUCGUCUGUAGAUUCUGGGAACAACAACUUCAUCCCCACCAUGGCUAGGAGCAACUUCGAGCCUUAUGGACGGGACUUCUUCGGUGGCUUCCCCACUGGAAGGUUCUCCAAUGGCAGAAUUCCUCCUGACUUCAUCUCUGAAGCCUUUGGUCUCAAACCCUGCGUUCCUGCUUACUUAGAUCCUGCUUAUAAUAUCUCUGAUUUUGCUGUUGGUGUUUGCUUUGCUUCUGCUGGUACUGGCUAUGACAUUGCCACUUCUAAUGUCGCUGGAGUAAUACCACUGUGGAAAGAAGUGGAGUACUACAAGGAGUACCAGGAGAAGCUGAGAUCCCAUGUUGGCACCGACAAGGCGAACGAGAUAAUAAGAGAAGCUCUUUACCUAGUGAGCGCAGGAACAAACGACUUCCUGGAAAACUACUACACCAUGCCAGAACGACAACUAGAGUUCACGGUCGAGGAGUACGAGGAUUUCCUGAUAGGUCUAGCAGACAAGUUCCUUAGAGGGCUCUACGACCUUGGAGCAAGGAAGGUGUCCCUCACAGGAGUCCCUCCUAUGGGGUGCUUGCCCUUGGAAAGGACUAUCAACAUUCUGGACAACCAUGGAUGUGUGGAGAAAUACAACAACGUGGCUUUGGAGUUCAAUGGGAAGUUAGGUCAGUUGGUGAAGAAGCUGAAUAAGGAGCUUCCUGGGUUUCAGUUGAUCGAUGCAAAUGCCUAUGACUUCGUAUUGCAAAUUAUCACGCAGCCUUCUCGUUUUGGUUUUGAAGAUGCGGGAGUGGGGUGCUGUGGAACAGGCAGAUUUGAGAUGGGUUUUAUGUGCGAUCCAAACAGUCCCUUCACUUGCCCUGAUGCUAAUAAAUACGUAUUCUGGGAUGCCAUCCACCCUUCUGCCAAAACCAGUCAGCUUGUCUCCAAUUAUCUCAUUCAAACUCAUCUCUCCCAGUUUCUUUGAGCUUAUUCUUCCAUGGCUUCCCUAGCUCUCUUCAUACAUAUUCAUAAACCUUCAUCACCAAAACCUCUUUUAUUAUAUCAUUGCUAUAAUUAUUUUAAUAAAAUGUGAUUAAAUUUACUGUAUUACUAUUAGCUUUUGAUUUUGAUGCUUAAUAAUUUGUUGUUUGAAAAGAUAUCCCUUUUCUCCCUGAAAAAACAUGGAGAUGUGCAAUAUUUAUUGUGGCAUUUAUC